UCCGUCGCUUGUUUCCUUUCUGGAGGAGGACGAGUCGCUGGAGGAGCAAAUCAAAAUGGCGAGCCAAGAGGAGUCCGUGAGGGAGUUCGUCGCCGUUACUGACGUGGAUGAGGAGAGGGCCCGGUUUUUCCUGGAGUCCGCCGGCUGGAAUUUGCAGCUUGCACUCGCUAGUUUCUUCGAGGAUGGAGCUGAUGACGACAUAGUGACUCUUCCUCAACCUGAGAUCGGUUCCUCGGUGUCCCGGUCUGCUGGGCCAAGCACUCAGCCCAGAGUGACGUCCUUUAGAGAUCUGAUGCACGAGGCAGAGGAGGAGAGUGACGAGGAGGAAGGCCAAAGGUUUUUUGCGGGGGGAUCAGAGCGCAGUGGGCAGCAGAUUGUCGGACCUCCUAAGAAGAAGAGCUCCAAUGAAGUGGUGGAGGAUUUGUUCAAGGGAGCAAGGGAACACGGGGCUGUGCCGCUGGACCGGCCUGGAAGAGGCCCAGGGGAGUCCAGCAAAGCCAGGGCCUUCAUUGGAGGAGGCUACAGGCUAGGCGCAGCUCCCGAGGAGGAGUCGGCCUAUGUGGCCGGAGAGAGGCACGGCUCCAAGGGCCAGCAGGACGUCCAUGUGGUGCUGAAGCUCUGGAAGACCGGUUUCAGUCUGGAUAAUGGUGAGCUCAGAAACUACAGCGAUCCAGGAAAUGCUAACUUCCUUGAGGCAAUCAGAAGGGGCGAGAUUCCCCUGGAGCUGAGGCAGAGGUCUCGAGGGGGGCAGGUCAAUCUAGACAUGGAGGACCACAGGGACGAGGACUUCUCCAAACCCAGGAUGGCGUUCAAGGCCUUUGGGGGCGAAGGACAGAAGUUGGGAAGUGCCACCCCAGAGUUGGUUUCAGCCGCGGCAACAUCUCAGCAGGACCAGGCCGCCAUCGAGGCCGAAGCGAGCUCCUCCGUGACCCUCGACUCCUCCCAGCCUGUCACCAACAUCCAGAUCAGACUGGCUGAUGGUGGCAGGCUCGUCCAAAGGUUCAACCACUCCCACAGGGUGUCCGACGUGCGUCAGUUCUUGGUGGGGGCGCGGCCCGCCAUGGCUGCCAGAGAGUUUGUUCUCAUGACCACCUUCCCCAACAAGGAGCUGUCAGACGAGGGCCUGACCCUGGAGCAGGCCAACCUCCUCAACGCAGUCAUCGUCCAGCGGCUAAACUGAGGGCUAGUGAGUGGGGGGGGGGGGUAACCCCUCUCCUCCUCCCCCUCCUCCUCCGCCUGGUGGUGUGGCUGAGUAACUGCAGCCCUGUGAAACCUGCUGCCCCUUCUGAGGGAGGAGAAAACACAGACUUAUGUUUCAACUUCUGAUUCCUUUUUUUUUUUUUCUAAAAUGAAUCACAACAUUCUGCUCCCCGCGUUUAACCUCCAGCCCGCCGUGGUCUGUGACAGGCUGUUCCAGGGGGAAACUAAAAGUAUGGUUGUUAUGGGGACGGGGGGACAGCAGUAUAUGGUUGAACCCAAUGAGCAGGUUAGCUGCAGAAAUGCUUUUUUUCUGUGUUCCCCAUCCUUCCGCUUCUAUUAACCUUAAGUUGGCCCUUCAGCUUUGUUUACUAUCAGUUGCAGGGGCCUCACCAGAUCCACCGCCUGGCCGUCUCAAUAGCACAAGCCAGACCCACACAGGGAAUACUAGUCUUAAUAAGUACACAUUGAUAAUGUGCUUGAGGGCAAGUUUCCAUCUCUCGCUGCGUAUCUUCUAUACUAUAUGAAGUGAGAGGUGUAAGAAAGCACGGGGGGGGGGGGGGUCUCCACAACCAAUACCAGUAGCCUUACGCUCCUUCAUUCAGCUCCAUUACCAAACCUGUCCCUUUUGUUCAAAUGAAGAUGGAAUUAUUUUUUUAACUGCUUUUUUCUCCCUUUACAGCACCUCCCCUGUGUGACAUGACAAACCGUUACACAUAGCUUUAUUGUCCAACCAAUGGCUGAGCUAAAGAACAAUUAGAUUGUAGACACUGGUUUGUAGGAGUGGAAGUUGAUUUCCAUCGAUGACGCUGACACCUUCUAUGCAUCCUGGGGGGGCGACACAGAAAUAAGUUUGGACCUCUGGUGAAAUAAAUCCAUUUUAUGGUUUGAUGUAUAAAGAA